CAAGAUCAGGUUCCAUAGAACUGCUUUUGAAAACACCUUCAGCAAGAUGUAUUUCUUGCCAUCAGAUAUGGAAGCUCUUCCUCCCAUGCCCAAUGACGAUGGUCACUGGUCUGCCUGGGUGGUGCCAACCACUUCCUUUUUGGAGUUUGUAAUGUUUUCACGGAUGUUUGUUGAUUCUCUUGAUGCUUUGCAUUCCAAUUCUAUUGAGGUCAAUAUGUGUUUGUUGGGUUCCUCGGAUCUUGAGGUUUAUUUAAUUAUGGACAGAAAAAACAAUGUUUCUGUCGGCUAUUGGAACUUUUGGUCAAUGUCUGGGCUUACCAUAGUUGGCGGAGGAUGGUCUACAUUGAGCCACGCUCUGGUUUGCUCGAAGAGCAACAUCCAGUUGAACAACGAAAAGAAUUUGUGGGGUAGAUAUUUUAACUUAACAUUAUUAAAGAGCAUGGAUGAAGAUCUAGCAGAGGCUGCAGAUGAUGAUGACGGGCCAAGGAAGAUGUGGUUGUGGCCAUUGACAGGGGAAGUGCAUUGGCAAGGAAUUUAUGAGGGAGAGGGAAGAAAGAUACAGGGUGAAGAUGGACAAAAAGAGGAAAACAAAGGAAAAUUAUUGGAAAGGAUGAGGAAUGGGAACAGGCAGAGACCACUUGGAUUAUAGGAUACCUAGAACCUAAAUUAGAUGACCAUAUUCUAACAACUUAGAAGCACCCGUCUCCUAACUUAGCUCCUGGACAAAAUGGAAAGUUCCAUGGUUUUUCUUGUGGAAGGAUUCCAAUUUUCAAGAGGUCCGCUGAUUGAACGCAAGCAAGUUAUUGCUUAAACAAGCUAAUCCAUUGCUACAACCAAUUACAUACAAUCAUUUCUUUGACAUGAGAAUAUCACUAUUUCCUAUUUAAUAUUGCUUAAACAACCAUUUCUUUGACAUGAGAAUUUUA